AUGGAGCAUUUCCAUGGAGUCCAACUGGCUGAAGUUGGUAAGAGCAUUACUGAGAUCAUCGACUUCGAACUAUCUCAAGACCAAGGUCCCAACGUCGUGAGACAAGGUGUGGAUCAUGAUCUAGAUGAGCUCAAACGGACCUAUGAAGGGCUCGAAAGUCUUCUUGCCCAGGUAGCUCACCACGUCGCCCAGUCAGUGCCUGAAGCCUUGAACGCGAACAUCAACGUUGUGUUUUUCCCUCAGAUCGGAUUUCUCAUCGCAAUACCUCAGGAUCCAAUCACCGGUCACGGCGUCUUUGAAGGUCCCGAAGACGAUCCCUGGGAGAAGAUGUUCACUACUGAGGACUAUGCUUAUUACAAGAAUGAGAACGUCAUCGAGAUGGACUCGUACUUUGGAGACAUAUAUGGACGCAUCUGUGAUCGAGAAAUCGAGAUCAUUCACGAGCUUGCAGUGAAGAUCUCACAGUAUGAGGACCUUCUCACAGCUGCGUCUGAUAUCUGUGCCGAGAUUGACUGGUAA